UCGCGUGUUUACGCUGGGGUCUUUUUCUCCCGUGCUCUCGUCUCAAGUCUCUUCACGGCUCUGCUAAAGUUUCGGGAACUUCAGCUGCUGACCUCGUUGUGAGGUCAGACUGCUGGGAAGCCUGAGAAACUGCAACCUGCACCGUCUCACACAGAGAGACUGAAAUUAGGAAGUGGAGCCGUCCGACGCACGCUUUGAGAAGAAGCUUUUUGGUGCUCCCUGAGGAAAUCACCAUGGUUCAGGCUAAGUCGUGGAUUCUGGCCAAACACUUCGACGGCUUCCCAAAGGACAGCGACUUCAAGCUGAAGGUGGAGGAGCUGCCUGAACCCAAGGAUGGAGAGGUGCUUUUGGAAGCGGUUUUUCUCAGUGUGGAUCCAUACAUGAGACCGUACAGCAGGGUCCACAUGAAGGAAGGCGAUGUGAUGAUAGGGACUCAAGUGGCAAAGGUGAUCCAGAGCAAAAACCCAGCAUUUCCCGUGGGAAGCCACGUUGUGAGCGAAGGUGGUUGGAGGACUCACACGGUCUGUGACGGGAAGAACCUCACUCCCGUCAUGGCUGACUGGCCUCCAGAGGUUUCAUUGUCUCUGGCUCUGGGUAUCAUCGGCAUGCCUGGACUGACGGCUCUGUAUGGUAUAGAGGAGGUUCUCGAACUGCGGAAGAACGAGACUCUGCUGGUGAACGCUGCGGCCGGAGCCGUGGGCAUCGUGGUGGGACAGAUCGCCAAGAUCAAGGGCUGUAAGGUGGUGGGUUCAGUCGGCUCCGACGCCAAAGUAGCUUACCUGAAGGAGCUCGGCUUUGAUGAGGCUUUCAACUACAAGACCGUUUCCUCCCUGGAGGAGGCUCUGAAGAAGGCGGCGCCCGAAGGAUACGACUGCUUCUUUGAAAACGUUGGAGGUCAUUUCUCAACCGUCGCACUUGCACAAAUGAGGAACUUUGGAAGAAUAGCCGUGUGCGGGAGCAUCUCCACGUACAACGACGGCAGCCCUCAGACCGGGCCUUACCCACACACGAUGAUGAUCUUCAAGCAGCUGAAGAUGGAGGGCUUCCUGCAGAACAGGUGGAGGGAGAAAAACCCCGAAAGCCUCAAGAGACUGAUGACCUGGCUGCAAGAGGGGAAGCUGAAGCACAGGGAGCACGUCACCAAAGGAUUUGAAAACAUGCCAGCCGCAUUUAUGGGGAUGCUGCAGGGAGAAAACAUCGGUAAAGCUGUUAUUGCAGUGUGACUUCCUGCCAACGAGGUGUUGGUUGUUCAAGAAUUUAUACCUGAUUCAGGCUGUGGUAAAUUGCUGGUAUAGAUUUCUUGACUAUUUCUCUAAAGAAUGUCAUAAAUGUAAAUUAGCUGCUUUAGUCAGUUAAGCAUAGGAUCAAGCUUUUUUUUUUUAUGCAAUAUAGUUGAAGCUUAAAUUUGAUGCACUGUAGUGGUUAGGCUCCUCGCUGUUGGAUGUUGAAGAAAGACCGUUUCUAACUUGAAGAAGUGCUCUGCAAAACCUUGCAGCAAAAAGGUUUAGGAGUUGAGCGGAGUCUUGUGCAACAAUGGCUCCCUUCAAGUAGAAACAUGCUGCAAAACAUGGUGUACAAAUAGCACUGUCUUACAUUGCCAACCUGGACAUAUUACAACAUGGCUGUCGGGGCUGUGGGUGCCCAGAAAGGCCCCGCCCAUUCUUGGGGGGGAGAUGCAACUUUACCACCACCUUCCCUAUUCGUUUUGCACUUCGCCUCGCUCAACCUGUGUGUGUGUGGCUCUGGUUUUAUGCUGCUUGCUUCCUUUUUUUUUUUUUUUUUAGCUUGCUAGCCAGCAGAAUAUAUUUUUGUUUUAACAUGGCUAAAGUAAAAUGAAAAUGAUUCAGCAGGACUAAUAAUUAAGCCAGUGUAGUAGACUACCAGGGGCAAUAAGUUUAUCUGUGGUUCUGAAAAAAAUUAAAGGAACUUUUAUGGGU